UGCUAGGGCGGCCAUGUUGGAUUGGCGCGAAAAGCAUCGGCGGCGGCGCCGGGCGGGAGGGGAGAGAGAGAGAGACGGACGGACGGUCGGUCGGUGAGAGGAGCGGCUCAGCAAUCCGGAGCCAUCAGCGCCUGAAAUGGCAGACGAGCGAGAGUCAGGGGACCAUGAAACCUCCCUAGAAAUUGCAGCUGAAGAUUCCAACCACGAUCCUCACUUCGAGCCAAUUGUUUGUCUUCCUGAACAAGAGGUGAAGACAUUGGAGGAAGAUGAAGAGGAGCUUUUCAGAAUGCGUGCAAAACUCUUUAGAUACGCGUCAGAGAACGAUCCUCCCGAGUGGAAAGAGCGAGGAACCGGUGAUGUGAAGCUGCUUCGGCACAAGGAGAAAGGAACCAUCCGCCUUCUGAUGAGGAGAGAUAAAACUCUCAAAAUCUGUGCAAAUCACUACAUUUCACCUUCGAUGGAGUUGAGGCCCAACGUAGGGAGUGACCGUGCCUGGGUGUGGAAUGCACCGGCUGAUUUUGCUGAUGAGGAACCCAAACCUGAGCUUUUGGCUAUUCGCUUCCUGAAUAAAGAAAAUGCACAGAAAUUUAAGGCAAAGUUUGACGACUGCAAAGAGAAGAUGAAGGGAAAAGAUCUCUCCUCUCCGUUAGGUGAAAACGAAGUGAGCGCAAACAAGGUAGCCGAGCAACUAGAGGAGCUAUCUGUCAAAGAUGAGCAGAAGAAAGCAGAGCCCACCAAAAAGGAAGAAAGCGAGAAGAAAGAGGAGACCUGUGAAAAAACUGAAGAGAAUUAAAUCGUCCUGGCCUCGGUUUCCCUCUUGUUUUUUUACAGCAGACUGUAAUGAACUGAGUUUGGACACAGACAGACGAGAGUCCCUUUUUAAGCAUUUGCCCUGUGUUCCCAAAUCGGUUAUGAAGAUACAGCAACUUUCACAGAAAGUCAUUUCCCCCCAGAUUAUCAGCCACAUCAAUGUGCUCACAUAUAUCUUGGGGAACCCUCUAGACGUGUUAACUACUUACUGCCUUAUCUAUUCACCGUCGUCAAGUCGGUCUGGAAGGGGGGAUCGAUUUAAACCUUGACGUCCUGAAAAUCAACCUACUUAAUAUUAAUAACCGGGUUCAAAAGUAGCAGACUUGUUUUAAAAAGAAAUGCAUUUUUUCUGUGCGCGAGACUCGAAUUGUCAAAGUUCCCACAUUGGGUAGCACAUCGUUUAUAAACUAGUAAAUAACCAUUCAAUUUAAGCUGCGUAUGCAGAAUUUUUUUUAUUAUUUUUGCCCCGACCCCCCCCCCCCCAUACAAAGUCCCUGUUUUAGGGGGAGUUCAGUACCAUUGCUAGAAGGUUGCAUUUCAGAAUUCUUUUAAACUUUUGCUCUGUUUUUUUUCGUUUUUCCCCAUUUGAUUGUUGAAGUCAGUACCUGACAGACUAUAUUACACAAAGAUUCCACGUCGAGUUCAUCUCAGGCAUACGUAUUGUGUUAUCCUGAAAUCUUAAAAGAAGGGACCAAAAGAAUGCAUAUAAAUUGGCUUGAUUUAAUUCGGAUAUUCCUGUGAGCAAACCAUCAGGGAUAGGCUGGCACCAACACUUUCUGCUGUUCUAUUCAUUCACCUGACAUUUUUUCUCAGUCCUCCCCCCUGCUUCUCCCCAUGUUAAUUUGUGCAGAUUCACUAUUGUUGCGUCAAAUCCUAUUCCUGACUCUUGAAAUUAAACUGAAUGGGUUGUGAUGCUUUUAAGAUGCGUGAAUGAAUAAUGCAUGUAAAAAGGGCUGGUUACUGACUGACGUCUCUAGUGGACUCUUUGUGAAUCUCUACAGGGUGCUGCUGGGACUUGCUCACAGUGUGAUACUCGCUUCGAUGGUCAUCAUCACAAAACUAAUUAUCCUGACGUCGCUUCUGGAGGGGAGAAAAGGUCGCUCGCUCAAUUUUCGAGAGAAGAUUUGUGAUAAGUUUUGCAUAUGCUUGCUAUAAACCACAACUAUAUUUGUGUAUAGUCUUUGUUUUCUGUUGGAAUGGACAGACCAUCUUGAUCUACUUAAAUGUUUUGUAAUGGGGAAACUAAUAAAUUGAACUGUUGAAAAUUGGUAACUCUCGUUAGGAAAUUUGCAAUAAACUUUUUUUGCAACGAG